AUGGAAAUAUUGGAAGACCCAGUGUUUAAAACAGAAUAUCAAAAAUAUAAAAUUCGUGUAAAAUUAUGGGAAAGUCGCUUUACUGAAAAACAUGGACGUAAACCGAAUAAGAAUGAUAUUAAAGAGGCUGAUAUGAAAAUCAAAGAAUCUUAUAAAAUGUAUUGGAAGCUGAAAACACGUGCUUUAGAAGAAACAUUUACAGAUAUUUCAUUUUCUGAUGAAAGAGAAGAAACUACCCCUAUUAAAUCUGAAAUAGAAACAUCACCUAAAGAAAUUAAAGAAACUGAAGAAGUUAAAGAUAAUGAUAAAUCUUUAAGAAAUAACAAUGAACAAGUUUUAGAAGAUAUGUGUGAAAAAGAUAAUAACGAUAUAGAUAAAAGUAAUAAAAUACAAAAAGAUAAAAACCAUAUAGAAAACACAGAUGGAAUAAAUAUGGAAGAUACAAUUGUAAAGAAUAUAGAAAAUGCUGAGAAAAAAGAUACUGAAAAUAUAGAUCCACAAGAAUAUAAAAAUCAGAGUACCAUUAAUAAUAUCACAAAUGAUAUUUUAGACGAAAAUAAACAAAAAAAUAUAAAAGGUGUAUGGGGCGAUCAUUUAAGUAAAAGUAAUGAACAAGUACGCAAAAAGAAACAAACGUCACUUUUAAAUAGAUCAUCCUCUUUUCAGUUGUCACAAAAUAAAUUUACAAGUUCAAGCUUCACGAAAAGAAAUCCUAGAAAGUCUUUAUCUACCACAAAAAUAAAAAUUAAGUCUGAGAAAGACAAUGAUAAUAACACGAUUGAAUCAAACUCAAAUGUAGAAGAAAAUAAUGAAGAAGGUUUGGAUGUUAAUCAAGAAACAAAAUCUAUGUUUGAUGAAUCGUCAGUAAAAGUAACAUUUGUGGACUUUAAAUCAACUGUUCAAUCUAUUGGUACGCUACAACAAUUAAGUGAAGGACAUAUUAUUAAUAGAAACUUAAAUUCUGGGUGGUUAGAUAGGUGUUGCAAACAAAAUAAUGUGGAAUACCCAGCAUUUGAUUUACAGAGACUUUCUGGAACAAGUGACUCUGGAGUUGAAUCAAUGGAAUCAAGUAUUCGAUCACCUGCAAAGACAUUUGCAUCUGAGUCACAAAAUCCUCCUCAGAUAUCAGAUGAAGAAGAUUUUAUUUGCAAUAGUGAUUCAGAAGAAGAACAUAAAAACAAACGUAUCAGAAAUUGCAGAAAAAGAUUUAGUGAUCAAGAAACUUGUCCUUCUAAAAAAAUAUGUAUUGAAAAUAAUACAGAUGCUUUAAAAUUAAAUACAAUAGAUAUGCAACCCAUGCAUUUUUCCAGUGAAGAAAAGUGCAACAGUUUAAACAUUACUAAUGUAGCUGUAAGUAAAGGUAAUAUUAUAAAUAAUAAUGUUAAUAAUCAGACAAAAUUGGCUAUUGAUACUGACAAAUUCCCUGACAAAGUAAAAAAUGUGCUUGAGAUUGUAAAUACUAAUAUUGAUGAUGAAGAAAAUAUAGAAAAAUCAUCUAAAAAAGAAUCUAUAACUCAUAAAAUUCAGAGAAAAAUGAAAUGUGUGACAUCUGAUGACUUGGAUCCUGAUUUUAAUGAUUUUAAUGAUAGCAAUAUAAAAGAAACAAAGGGCAAAAAGAAAGUACCAAAAACAAAGCAAACAAGUACAAGAAAGAACAAAACUACUAAAGGAUCAACUUCAACAAAUAAAACGAAAACUAAAGUUAGAACAAAAAGGUCCACUAGAAAAAAGAUGGAUUUAGAAGAUGAAGAAGAUGUCUUAGAAACUGGCAAGCAAGAUCUUGAAACUACAAAAGAUAAAAGAUCUGAAAUAUAUGGAAUAGAAACCUUACAAACUGUACCACGUUUUGCAAUGUGUAAAAGUACUCAAGGAGAUCUUAUUAAACAAUUUGCUAAAUCUGUUUCUUCAAAAACUGACGAUUUAAGUUCUUCUACUGUACUUGUACCUGCAAAAUCGAAAGGAAAAUUAACAGAUAAAGAAAAAUUAGAAAAGAAAGUAGUAGAUGGGAACAUAAAUGACAACUUUGUUAGAAUAAAUUUAAAGAGAAAAGUCUUUGUGCGUGGUAAAAAACAUUUCAAUUUCUCAAAGUAUAGAAAGAAUCAAUGGAAAGAAAGAAAAAAGCAAUUGGGAUCUAGCGAGGGUAGUUUAGAAGUAGUUGAUUUUAUUGAAAAGAAAGGUGUGUCAACAUGUUUUAAAUGCGGAAAUGUUGGUCAUUUUUCAAGAAAUUGUCCAAACGGAAAAGGCGAUGAUUUAAUGCCGUUAAACGAGAUGGAUGAUGAUUCGGAAUUUCCAACCUUAGAAGAAGCUCAGAAAAUGGCUAGUCAAAAUGCAAUUGUAGCACACGCUAAUAGAAUGGAUCGUUUGCCGGAGAAACCAUUAUACUCUUUUGAAACGAAUUCUGAAUCGAUAGAAAAUAAAAUGGAGGACAAAAAUGUCGAUGAUGAUUUAUGGGAACACAUUGAGAACGAUGAAAUCUUAUGCGGUCAUGAAAUUCCCGAAGAUUUGGUACAAAAAUUAUUACCACCGGAAAUUGGAUUUGUACAGCCGGUGUAUAGACUUACAGAAGAUGAGUCGUGCAUAGAAACACCAUCUGAAAUUUUCGAUGUGUUACGAAAAUUUGGUCACGAUACGUUUAGACCUGGACAAGAAAAAGCUGUGAUGCGAAUACUUUCUGGUCAAUCAACUUUAGUAACAUUAUCGACUGGUUCUGGAAAAUCUUUAUGCUAUCAGUUACCUGCAUAUAUCUAUUCUAAAUAUUCUAAUUGUAUCACUUUAGUUAUAUCACCAUUAGUAUCCUUAAUGGAUGAUCAAGUAAUGGGUAUACCAUCGUUUUUGACUGCAGCUUGUCUGCACACUAAUCAAACUCAAAAAAUAAGAGAUAAUGUUAUGAACAUGGUAACACAAGGAAGACUGAAUAUUUUACUAAUUUCUCCAGAAGCUGUAGUAGCUGGAGAAAAAUCAACUGGUUUUGGAGCUUUGUUAAGGCAACUUCCACCAAUUGCUUUUGCAUGUAUAGAUGAAGCACAUUGUAUUUCACAGUGGUCUCAUAAUUUCCGUCCAUCUUAUCUUAUGGUUUGUCGAGUACUUAAAGAAAAAUUAGGUGUCAAAACGAUUUUAGCUCUUACUGCUACUGCAACAAAAACUACCGCAGAAAACAUAGUAAAUUGUUUAGGUAUACAAGAUGGAAUGGCGGGUGUUAUCUCCGAUAUUCCAAUGCCUAAAAAUCUGCUAUUAACAAUUUCUAGAGAUGAAAAUAGAGAUCAAGCUUUAAUUAAAUUAUUACUAGGUGAAAGAUUUCAAGAAUGUGACUCGAUUAUUGUUUAUUGCACUCGUCGGGAAGAAUGUGCAAGAAUUGCUGCUCUUCUAAGGGUUUCUUUACAGAAUGUGAAUAAUCCAGAGAAAUCAAAUAACAAACUAUCGCCUAUCGCGGAAGCGUAUCAUGCUGGUUUAUCGGCUUAUCGUCGAAAAAUUGUACAGAAAGCAUUCAUGAAUGGCCAAACUAGAAUUGUCGUUGCUACUGUAGCUUUUGGUAUGGGUCUCAAUAAGCCAGAUAUUCGCGUUGUUAUUCAUUACAAUAUGCCAGGAACCUUCGAAGGAUAUGUUCAAGAAGUUGGAAGAGCUGGUCGAGAUGGACUUCUAGCGCAUUGCCAUUUAUUCUUAAGUCCAACGGAAGAUAAUGAUAAGUGGGAAUUACGUCGACAUAUUUAUGCAAACGGAGUAGACAGGCAUACAAUUAGACGUUUACUUCAAAACGUUUUUGUCCCAUGUUCGUGUGCAAAGUUACGUGAGAAAAACGCAAAUUGUAGAUGUCCUGGUCAUGAAGUUGCUAUACCAGUUGACGAAACUGUUGCAGCUUUAGAUAUUUCAGAACAAUCAAUUUCAACGCUUUUAUGUUACCUCGAAUUACAUCCUAAAAGAUUUAUUACUGUUCUUUCAUCCGUAUAUGUCAGAGCUAAAGUUUCAAGUUAUGGUGGACCUCAAGCAUUGAAACAAGCUGCUCAAACGUCACCACCGCUCGCAAUGGCAAUAGCAAUGGAUUUACAAAAUGGUAUUUCUCAUGAAAAUGAUAGCGUUAUUGAAUUUCCCGUUGUAGAUGUAGCAUCUGCUAUUGGUUGGGAUAGUGGUGUAGUAAAAAAUCAUCUUAAAAGUUUGGAAUGGAAAACAGUUAAUGGAAUUCCAAAGCGUUCAGUAAUUUCGGUAAAAUACGAUACACUUGGUUUAAGAGUAAAAGCUCCAGGUGACUUGACAGAGAUGGAACAAGAUGAAGCACUCGAUGCUUUAUUUAGCCGUGCUCAGUCUCAAGAAACUUCAGCUUUACGGCAACUCGAGACAAUUGGUAUUACACUUCAUAAGUUCAGUGUACCAUCUGUAAAAGAGUGUCUAACAUUGACUGAUGAAAUGACUAACAACUCUGAUAAAUUAAAAGAUGUUGUUCGCGAUUAUUUCGACGGAAAAGUUCUAUUCGACAUAGACUGCAAGCAACAGAAUAAAAUGGAGAAUGAAGCGCAAAUAGCCUGUGAUGUACGUAACUUAGUUCUAAGUUAUCGAGACAAUAAUUUCACUGGACGUGCAGUCGCUCGAAUAUUUCAUGGCAUACAAAGUCCAAAUUAUCCUGCUUAUGUAUGGAAUAAAUCCCGUUUUUGGAGGGCUUACCUUUCAUAUAACUUCAAUACUUUGUGUCAAAUUGCAACAAGAGAAAUUUUAGCUUUACGUUAGAGCGACUGUUUUCAAUGUUUUUAAAUAAAAUUUUUAAU